AUGGAGCCAGGAGGGUCAGAGAACGCGGCUGCGCUCUGGAUUUCCGAAGGGGGGCGGGGGCCUGGAAGAGGUCCGGGCCCAGAAUGGACCUCCGGGUCCCUGCUGCCGCAAUCUGGCCCUGCCCUCCUGCCUACCCCUUACUUCCAGAGGAAGGGACCCAGGGAGACCCACCCAGAUGCCCUGAAAGGAGGCAGGGGAUGGGGGUGGGGCGAUAUGCAGAGUUUGCCUGGUGAAUGCAGGAAAGGGGUGGGAGCUGGAGAGGAAAAGGAUGGAGCAGCCGUCAGCUUGUCAACUCCGUAUCUGCUGGCUGCCUCGGCCAGGCUCCAGCCUGAGCCCUCGCCCCUCGGAACAGCGGUAUGUCCAUUCUCUCCGCAUUCGUCUCCAUCGUUCAGUCACCACCGCACCCCUUCUCUAUUCAUUUCUCCUGCUCCCUUGUCCUGCCCCGCCCCUUGUGCCCUGGUCCAUCAGUCUACACCCAUGGGCCGAGCCCUCCUCACCAGGGUCCUCCUGGAACCGCUCCCUUGUCCGCGGCUCCCACGGUCCCCGCCCGGCGGGGCACAGAGCGGGAGGGGAGGGGCACUAGCACAACCCACUCUGCGCAGCGCAUCUGCACCCCUUCGCGCAUGGGCGUGGCGUAGCUCAGACCCGCCCCCAGCGCUUAGCGUCUUGUGUCACCCACCUAGCGGGUUUGAUAUAUCCCAAGCUUUUGGCCCCGAGUGGGCCCUGAUGCAAAGGCCCCUGGGUCCUGCUUCCGUGCAGCGAGUCCUCCCAGCACCCCACCCCGCACAUUCUGGAAAGAGCCAGACUCUAGCUGCGCCAAGCAAGAACAGAACCACAAGAAGGUUACACAAUUAUUUAUUGAGAGCCUCCUCUCCCCGCCCUUGCAACCUCUAG